AAAGUCUCAAAAACUGUCGGCAGAUACGAGCGUGCCGUGUCAUAAUGAGUAUCGUUUUUGCUUUCUGUGCAAGUGAAAUUAUUCUCUAAAUCUUCUUUCAUCAGACAAAAAGCAGUGAAGUAUUCAAUUAAAAAUUAAUUAAACCAAUUGGAAAAUCAUAGCGGGACUUGUGGUGAAGUGAAAUGUGAAAAUUGUGGGAAAAAUUUCACUGAAAUUCCUUUCUGGCAUAAUCAAACAUAUAAAUGAAUAAUAAGGUUCAAAUUUAUGGUUGAAUAUUGCGACAAAAUAAAGUCAUUAUUGAAGUAAAUAUUCACCUGCUGAACAGGAAAAAAUAGAAAGAAAACUUAUUUCACAUUCAAUUUAUGUGUCAACACUUACUGGAAAAAAACCUCUUCAAAUUAAGGUUAAAGUGUCGUUGAGCGUCAAACAGAACGUAAAAACGUGAAGCCACUUCACUUGGAUAAAAGUCGUGUUACAAAAAGAUAAAGAAAAGCUCAUUUGACCUGUUAUUGGCUCCACACAAAAGAAAAAUAGUUCACGGGUGUUAAUUUAAAAAGAAAUUUUUCUUAUUCUUUCUUCAAAAAAGAAAAUAAAUAAAUAGCAGAAAAAAGUAAAAUAAAAAUAGAAAGGAAAGCGUGGUCACAGUGAAAGGAAAAGAUUAUGAUAAGAAAUCAAUACCUAAAGUGAAAACGUACUGCUUGUUGUAAAUAAUUUCGUGAUAUCAUGCUGGAAUAUAAACACAAGUAGGCGAAAAAGGAUCGUGGAAACUCUCCAACUAUAUAUCGCAUAAUACAGUGAGAAAAGAACGAUGAGAGACGUUAUGUAACCCAGCCAAAAAAUGUGCAAACAUAAAUAAAAAAAAAACGAAAAGGAAAAAGGUUCGAUGACUUCAUUACCGAGAAACAUGUUAAUAGGUCAAAAUGUCAAUUGGUUUUAAAAUAUAUCUGGUUCUGGAAAUAUUAACAAUAAUUUUACAAGAUUUUAUAUGUGCAGACAUUAGUUUAUCAUCGUUAGGAAAAAACAGUUUCAACUCAUAUACUGACUCACAUUUGAAAUGGAAUCUUGUUAGCAAUGUUACCACACAAAUAGGAACACAUGCUUAUCUUCCUUGUAAGGUGAAGCAAAUAAUUAAUAAAUCUGUAUCAUGGGUUCGUGUCAGAGACGACCAUAUAUUGACUGUAGAUAGAAUGACUUUCAUAGCAGAUGAGCGUUUCCAAUCAUUUUAUGUGGAGAACACUGGCCUGUGGACUCUUCAAAUUAAAUAUGUUCAAGCGCGUGACGCAGGACUUUAUGAAUGUCAGGUCUCGACGGAGCCAAAAGUCAGCGCUCGAGUUCAUCUGCAUGUCGUUGUUCCGCGUACCGAAUUAAUUGGCGAUCCCGACCGAUACGUGAAAGCUGGCAGCACAGUGUCAUUGCAUUGUGUUGUUCGAGGCGCUCUUGAGCCUCCGUCGUACAUCAUUUGGUAUCAUGACGCCCAUCAGCUACUGAGCGAAAAUCAACAGAAACAUAAAAUUAAGCUGGAUCGUGGAAUGCCUGACAGCGAUGGCGAUAUUCCCAAUGUUGUUGGCUCGCUCUUAAUCUACAAUGUAAAUAAAAGAGACUCCGGCAACUACAGUUGUUCACCAUCUAACUCGCCUCCAUUGCUAAUCACCCUCAACGUCAUCAAUGAUGAGUCUUCAGUAUCAGCAGUGACAUCGUCAGCCGCAGCAUUUUUAUGUUCAAGUUAUUACUCAUUAGGACUUUUAUUGUCAUCAUUUUUUGUUUUAAUAGUUAAUGUAAUUUUAAUGGGGUCCUCUUAAAUAAAUAAAUUAACAUUAAUGUUUGAGCGGGGGUGGGAAAGUGUUCGACGCCAUAGACCGCAAAAAAGUAAGUUCGACAUUGUCGGUCCAAAAGGCGAAUAAAAAAGAAGCAGAGACACUUUAAUCAUAUAUUUUCUCGGUGAAAAGUUUAACAUCGACUAAUUUUACUCCUCCGCCUGCUUUAAACGCUCCGGUGCUCGCUCAUUAUUAUUAUUUUAAUAACGAUGGAGUAUAAGAAGGAUGGAUCAAGAAGGAUGUUCAUCAUGAAGAGUGGAAGUAGGAAGAAAGUUAAAUCGCACCAUUUUAAAUUCACUAUAGCAGCAAAAUUUAAUUACCGGAACUGAAAUCAAAUUAAGAAAUGGUUGAAGCGCCUCAAAAAACUAAACUUUAUCUUCAUUCUCUCAUACUUACUUUGUUACUUUCUCCAUCUUAACGCCAACGCGAAAAAGGAUGCUUUACACAUAAAUUACACACAAUUUCAUUUAAGACAAUUACAAAUUUACCUACCCCCGAGUAAAAUGCGAAAAAUGUGAAACAAGACAAAAAAAAUAUUCGUUUUUCAUUUGUUCUUAAUGCUGAAGUAAGAAGAAGAAAAUGUUUAAAGCAAAAACAGAAUUUUACGGAUUAAAGUAAUUAAACAUGAAAUUACAUUAAACACGAUUAAAGGAUUAAAAGGCAAUUCUCACGCAAGAAAUGGAAAUAAAUUAAAAUAAAAAAAUAAAGAAAAAAAAAACUUUAAUUGAAGAUGGAAACUUGAAAAUGUCUCCGAAGACGAAUUUUUGUAAUUAGUUUUAAAGGAAGGAAGGAUGACAUAAUAAGAAGAGAAAACUCAUAUUUAAAUGCAAUGUAAUUUUGUUAAAUUAUUGUGUAAUGUAAAUGAAGAUAAAAAGCAAAAAAAAAAUAAGAGAUGAUGAAGAAAAACGUUUACAAUCUUAUUUUAUAUUAAGUCGACUCUUAAAGAUUCUUUUUUGUUUGUCAUUCUUUUAAGUUCCUCUGUUGUUAUUAUAUCUAAUGUCGAGUCGCUAAGGCGAUGUUUCUUUUUUGUCUCUUUCUUUUUGUAAAUAAGACAAAGUGGAAUAAAGAUGAGAAAAGAAUUUUAAAAUGCAAAAAAAGAAAAGUUUUAAUAAGAUUGAUUUUUUCCUCCAUUCAAUUUUCUUCUUUUUUUAUGUUGCAGAAAAGCUUAUGUUGG